UUGAUUCGGUCUAAAAAUGAGUUUGCUGUUUUGUUAAUGGUGUUUUAUUCGGGUUUCGUCGCGGAAGGAUUUCAGCGGAGAAGUCAGGCCAAACGCUUCCGCCCAGUUUUCCGAGGUGUGCAUUGCCUGAGUUGAAAAUGGAGUUCGUGUAGCAGCACAGAUCUUCUGAACUUCCCGAGGAGGAGACUCUGUUAAUCUCGCUAUUUCUUUAACGCGAAUUCGUUGGAUACUCAAUUAAGGACAGAUAUUUAUCGUUUCGUUCGUUGUUUUUGAGUGCCUGCGCUCGAGCCAGCUAGAGAGUUAUAAACAGGAGCAGCGCUGUUUUGUGUUUUCUAGUGUUGGCUGAAACUUCAAGUUGCCGUGGGGAGAGAGAGAAAGAGAGAGAGGGGAGUUAUAUAGUAUAACGUAGCGUAGCUCGAUCUCCAGCUAGCCGGCUCACGGACCGUGGCAGAUUUAGCUAGUAGCUACCUAUCUAUUUCUCGCUUUGUUUUGCUUGCAAUCUGAAGAUCAGGACUGCAAUUCUGUCUGGGAUUUGCCUGUGUUCGCAGAUCGAGGAUGAAGAGGACAGCCACUCGUUUCCAAAUGGAUUUUACUCAUUGGGAAGAUAGAGAUCAGUGGCUGCGGUCGCCGUUCUUAUUCUGAACUCGCCUUGUGGGAGAAAACUGGAAGCAUGCAGCGCCCCAGCGCUACACAGUUGCUUUGUGAUUAAUAAUAAAACAAAAAAAAACUGGCACUUUCUUUUAAUGCGAACGAAAAGAAAAUGGUGAUAUUUGCGGAUCGUUUCCCAGCCUUGACUGCGUCGUCGAUGCUGUUUCCAGGAUUUGGAUCCCCGUGAGAAAAAAAUGAGCGAAGAAUCGGCAAAUCCAAACAACGAUGACAGUUAUGCACGUGUGAGAGCAGUGGUCAUGACUCGGGAUGACUCCAGUGGCGGAUGGCUGCCUCUGGGAGGCGGAGGCCUCAGCUGCGUGUCAGUCCACAAAGUCAGCCGGCCAGACACGGACAGCUCCAGCGGCGUGGAUUUCCUCAUCCAGGGGGAGCGUCUCAAAGACAAAUCGGUUGUGCUGGAGUGUAACAUAAAGAGGGACCUCGUCUACAACAAAGUCACCCCUAUCUUCCACCACUGGAGGAUUGAUAACAAGAAGUUUGGACUGACUUUUCAGAGUCCAGCUGAUGCUAGGGCUUUUGACCGGGGGAUACGGCGGGCAAUGGAGGACAUUAAGCAAGGCUGUCCGGUGUACAGUGACUCAGACACUCCGGAAGAUGGAUUACAGGUUAAUCAGGAUCCCCCCUCCAUCUGCACACCUAUGAGAGAGCCCUUCUCCCCCCAUGGCGGAGUGGUGUCCACCGAGCCUUUCCGAGGCUGUUAUGUGCGUGCUCAGCCCUUCGAUGAGUUCCCCAGCCCCAAUCGCCGCUACCUGCCCCCCCAGGUCUCCUUUAACACCACACGCCACGUAAGCUUUCACAUGGAUGACGAGGAGGUGGUUCGCAUUAACCCACGCAAGGACGUUCUUAUCCGGGGCUAUGAGGACUAUCGUCACCCUGUCAUGUGGAAGCAGGACAUGGAGCGAGACGAUGGAGAUUUCUCCACCACCUUUUCCAAACUAGACAACAAGAAAAGUGAGUACUUGUUUCCGGAAGGGCCGGAAACUCACCCAGGCGGCAAGGACUCUAUUAAAACCCAGCAACCCUCCCCUCUGCUCAAGUCCAAGAAGUCAAGGAGACGCAGGGAGGACGGCGAACGGUCGCGCUGCAUCUACUGCCGCGAGAUGUUCAACCACGAGGAUAACUGGCGGGGUCAGUGCCAGGACGCGCCAGACCCCAUAAAGCAGUGCAUAUACAAAGUCAGCUGCAUGCUGUGUGCCGAGAGCAUGCUUUACCACUGCAUGUCUGACUCGGAGGGCGACUUCUCGGACCCGUGCUCUUGCGACACCAGCGAAGAGCAGUUCUGCUUGCGCUGGCUGGCCCUGCUGGGUCUGUCCCUCAUUGCGCCGUGCAUGUGUUGCUACCCUCCCCUGCGGGCCUGCCACCACUGCGGAGAGGCCUGCCACUGCUGCGGGGGGAAGCACAAGGCCGCCGGAUGAGUCCAGCCACGCCAUCCCAACUACACCAACGGCCACGUGGAAAACCGCCGGCAUUGUUUUUUUCAUUCACCUUCAGGCAGGUGAGGUGUUCUCCCACCCGCCGCUGGAGGCUUUGGAGAUUUGAUUUGGCUGAGAGCAGCGGAAGCAGACACCCGUCAGGUGGUCUUCUCGGGCUCUCGAGAGCUGCGGCACGGAGCUCAUAACAUGAGGAAAGGCGUUUACAAAAAUGAACUUGGAGAGAUCACUAAACACUCAAACAUGCAAAAAAAAAAAAAAGAAAAUGGAAAAAAAAAAUCACACAA